UCUCUCGUGCUACGUUUCAACAUUGCCAACCCUUCAAAAACCAGCAAGGCAAACCCGCGGCAACGAUCAACACAAUCCCACUUUCUCAUAAUAAUCACAACUCAAACCCUCUCUCUCUCUCUCUCUCUCUCUCUCUCUCUCUCUCUCAUAUAACAAUAUUUCCACGUACAAUUAAGACACGAUCACUAUUGCAUCUACAAUGGAAUUAGCACCCUCAAACUCCAACCAACAACAUGAGAACAACAACAGCAACAAGGUUCAGGGGCUCCAUUGCUCUGUGAAGAACUAUGAGUGGGGCAAACCGUGCCGUGACUCCCUCGUUGCCAAGCUAUUUUCCAUGAAUUCUGGGUCGUUACAAUCAUCACAGCUUGAUGAGGAUCAGCCAUAUGCGGAGCUUUGGAUGGGCAGCCACGUGUCUGGACCCUCUUUCAUUGUUUUUGAUGGCUCACAACAAAGAGUGACCCUCAAGUCUUGGCUCUUGGAGAAUCCUAACGUGCUUGGACCAAAGGUUGUGGAGAAGUGGGGUGGUGACCUCCCUUUCUUGUUCAAGGUGCUGUCCGUGGACAAGGCCUUGUCUAUACAGGCUCAUCCUGAUAAGGAGCUGGCCAGAACCUUGCAUAAGUUGCAUCCUGAUGUUUAUAAGGAUGGGAAUCACAAACCAGAAAUGGCUCUGGCUGUGACAGAGUUUGAGGCUCUAUGCGGCUUUGUCACUCUAAAGGAGCUUAAGGCUGUGCUUACUGUCCCUGAGGUUGUGGAACUGGUUGUUGCUGAAAAUGUUAACUCGGUGUUACAAAUCACUGAUGAGGAUGGUGAAGAGAAGGUUAAGCCUAUUUUGAAGUCUCUUUUCACUGACAUCAUGUCAGCAGGUAAAGAGAGAGUAGCUGGUGCAGUUGACAGGUUGAGAAGUCGUCUGCAUAAGGAAAGUCAGGUGAGGCAGUUGACAGAAAAGGAGCAACUGGUGCUGCGGUUGGAAAAGCAAUACCCAUCUGAUGUUGGUGUCAUAGCAGCCUUCUUUCUUAACCAUGUGAAACUCGCUCCUGGUGAAGCCUUAUUUCUUGGGGCAAAUGAACCACAUGCAUAUAUUUGUGGUGAGUGCAUUGAAUGCAUGGCAACUUCAGACAAUGUUGUAAGAGCUGGCCUCACUCCUAAGCACAGAGAUGUACAGACUCUUUGUUCCAUGCUCACAUACAAACAGGGUUCUCCAGAGAUCCUGCGUGGAGUUCCUAUAAAUCAAUAUGUAAACAAAUACAUCCCACCAUUUGAGGAAUUUGAGAUUGAUUGUUGUAUUCUUCCUCAAGGGGAAAAGGUAGUGUUCCCAGCAGUUCCAGGUCCUUCCAUCUUUUUGGUCACAGUUGGGGAAGGAAUGAUGACUACAGAAUCACCAAAAGGGUAUCCAAUCACUGAAGGGCAUGUUCUUUUUGUAGCGGCCAACACUGAGAUAACUGUUUCUAGUGCACCUCAGUUGCAUCUGUUCAGGACUGGGGUUAACAGUAGAUUCUUUCAAGAUUCCUAAGGUAAUUAAUAACAUGCUUUUUGAGAGCCAAUCAUGCAGUUAUGUGUUACAGUACAUGUAUUAGCAGCAAUAGUGUACAUGCGAGAAUAAUUGAAACACAUUUUAUAUAUAGAGGAAAAGUGCAUUAUAGAGUUGGAUUGUCUUA